AUGCAUCCCUCACUAUUCGUCGCGGCGUUUGCCCUCCCCCUCGCUUUGGCUGCUCCCGCCCCAUAUCGCCUACCCGGGAACUCGUUCCGUCGUCAACUCAACGACACGUGUAACCUCGCCAAUACUCAGCAGCCCUCGAGCACGCUUACGCCUCCAGGCGACAACAACCAGCUGGUGCUCAUCGCGCUAGGCCAAGGCACGCAGAACUACACCUGCGCCAACGAGACUGCCACACCCGCAUCCAUCGGCGCUGUGGCCGACUUGUUCAACGCCUCAUGCGCCGUUGCUCAAAAAGCUUCUCUUGGAUCCGUGGCAGAGGAUGCAAACGCCGUCGGCCAGCACUUCUUCGUCGAUAACACGACACCUGAAUUCGACAUCAUUGGGCUUGGUAACACACAGCUCAAGAAGGCCGAAGCUGUUCCAGCCCCUAACGCCGCUGCUGACGUCCCGUGGCUCAAGCUUGAUGCUGCGAACACAAACACUGCCGUCAGAAGCAUCUAUCGUCUCAACACUAGCGGCGGGCUAGCACCCUCUACUUGCGCCGGACAAGCUGCAGGUGCUGUUGUCCAGGUCGCGUAUGAGGCUCAAUACUGGAUAUAUAUUAGCCCAGACGCCAUGGCUGCUCGGAGGCGGAGGAGAAGUCUCGGUCUGCCCCUCAACUAG